CGACUGCGGUGCGUCGCAACGCCGCCGUGUCUGUUGUGGGACUGCGCGAAGGGGGAAAAAGGGUUAGGGAAUUAUAAUUGCGAUGACUUAAGCGGAGGCAAAGAAUUUGAUACAUGAUGGCAUGUGAAGUUGACAUGCUUCGCUUUCAACUACCAGGACAUGAAGCAGCAACGCUGAAAAAUAUGAACCAGUUGAGAUCAGAGGAACGGUUCUGUGAUAUUACCAUUGUGAUGGAUAAUCUGAAGUUCCGAGGUCAUAAGGUCAUAUUUGCUGCUUGUUCACCAUUCCUACGGGAUCAGUUCUUAUUGAACCCCAAUUCAGAGCUCCAGGUCUCCCUUAUGCACAAUCCAAAGAUAGUGACAGACUUGCUUCUUUCCUGCUACACAGGAGUCCUUGAGUUUGCUAUUCGGGAUAUUGUCAAUUAUCUAACAGCAGCAAGUUAUCUCCAGAUGGAGCAUGUUGUAGAGAAAUGCAGGAAUGCCUUGUUCCAGUUCAUUGAGCCUAAAAUAACAUUAAAAGAUGAAGUUCGGGGGAAGGGAAAUUUUUUUAGUAAACGACAAAAGUCGUAUAGUUCAAAGCCAACUUGUAGCAAGUCAGUGCAAGUCAGCACAAAUUCUGAAGGUCUGCAACCACAAUGUGAAAUGCAACAAGACUCUGAGAUAAAGGCUGAAGCUCCUGAAGAAGAAGAGUAUGAGGAUGUUGACGAUGAUGAUGACAGCUAUGAUGAGGAAGAGGAUGCCAUGUCUGAUGUUUGUGUGAUCAAAGUGGAAGAAAGCACAGAGAACAGGAGUCCAAAGCCCCCUCUAAUAUGUAAUAAUAAGCCAGUUGUAGCUGAACCAGAUGAAUCUGGUGUCAAUUCUACAAUGGAAGGAGGUGGCUUUGAGGACGAGCGCCAAAAGGAGAACCAAGCAGGGGUGGUGAAAGCCUUUUACAGUCUCUGUGAAGAUGGCGAAGGUGAUGGUCUUGUAGUCAUCCCAGCUCAGGAUGAAAAUGAAGAGGCUGUGGGGAUUGAGGAAUGUCAGAGUAGUAGUAUGGUUAACACCAGUGACAUCUGUAGUGGAAUUCCUAUUCAGACUCCGAAUGAAGCAGGUGUAGCAAACUAUAAUGUGAAAAACAUCAAGUGUACUAAAUGUGAUGAGUUCUUUCAGGGUAUCGAGAAGCUGGUAUUCCACAUGCGGGCCCAGCACUUCAUCUGCAUGUGCCCUCGUUGUGGCAAACAGUUCAACAACAGCAGCAAUCUUAAUAGGCACAUGAAUGUUCACAGAGGCAUUAAGUCACAUUCCUGCACCAUCUGUGGCAAAAGCUUCACCCAGAAGUCUACACUCCAUGACCACAUGAAUCUCCACAGUGGUGAGCGCCCUUACCGCUGCUCUUAUUGCAAUGUUAGAUUUGCACACAAGCCUGCCAUUCGUCGACACUUGAAGGAGCAACAUGGCAAAACAACUGCUGAGAACUUUAUGGAUGCAAAUGUUGCAGAAAUCAGUGUGGUUGUCCGUUAAGAAAAACUUUAUUUAUUUCUACAGAACUAAAAAAAUUUUUUUUUUCUCUUACAAGAAAUAUUUUAAAGAUUUUUCUAGUUUUACAUCUUUUUUAGUGUUUUCUUUUAAGAUGGGAUUGAACUGAUCAGAUCAGUAGAACUAGAUGUACAGAUGAAACAAUUAAAAUUGUUCAAAUGUAUUUGCACCAGCUUUACUAACAUGACUAUGUGUAACGUUACUAUUUUUUAAAAUAAUUUUAUAUAUGUGGUGAUAAUUAAGUGACUGGGUGAAUUAAGAUUUAAGGAAAUCAGGACAUUAUGAAAGUAGGAUUUAUGGUUCCUUUAUGUAGUUAUCUGAUCAUAAACAUAUGAAUAAAAUGUUAAAAUAGUAAGUAGAUUGGGAAUAGUGUGGGCAGGUAAAUGGUAUGAGGCCAAGACAGGGAGGUACUGAAGAUUAGAAUGGAAAUCUUUUAAAAGAAAAGAGUCGGCAGAUGGAAGUAAAUAAAAUAAGAAUGAUAAAUGGGAUGUAGGUAGGCAGUAGAAGGGCUUGAACAAGAAACAAAAUGGUAAAUAUGUGCUCUGCAAGGAACCCACGUGUAAAAAACAUAGUUGACUAAAUGUCUUGCUUGAAGAGGGUCCUCGUGAUAAAGUAUCUAUAACAGAAACAUGCUUUUUAUGAAAGGAGGAUAGGUUAUAAAAAGACUAGGUUUUUAGGACUUUUAGAAAGGACAACAGCUGCAAAAAGGUGAGGAAGGAGUGGCAUUGUCUGUGAAUGAUGGGAUUAAUUGUACUGUAUGUUCAGAGGUGGACUGAGCAAAGACUGAAAUUUUAGUGUUAGGAUUUGACACAGGAUCAGGGGAUUCAUCAUGGACAAUUGUAUGCAGUCCAUGAGAUAUAGGAAUGAAUUAGAAUAGUAAAAAAGAUAGUAAAACAUAAUACAAGUUGUAAUGGCGGGCAUUAUUGUUCCUACUGUAUUGAGAGGAAUGGGUAUCGGCAGUAUAUAAAAGUAUAAAGAGAAACAAAGAUAAUUUAAAGAUUAUUUUUUUAGCUACUGUUACCCCAACAGUAUAGUCCUCCUGGCUGACAUUUGUCACAUUCAUUUCCUCUGUCCUACCUGGUUUGACACAACAGUACUUCUGGGGAAUACCUUAUAGGUAAAUGCAUCUUAUUGUCAAGGUAUUAGAAGGAGAAAGUCUAUUCACCAGUUGUCAUACACAACUGCUGAAAUUUUUUAUAUAUAUAUAUAUAUAUAUAUAUAUAUAUAUAUAUAUAGUGUCCCCACUCUGCAAAUUUGAGCGACAGUAGUUGUUCCUUUAUGCACAAUUCACACUUGUGCUUCUUGGUGAACUUUGUGCAUACCAUGUGUUCAUGCUUCCACAUACUGUUCCUUGCUACUUAUUGCUCUAUUGAGUUGUCUUGAAGUCCCUUAAUUCUAGAAACAUUUUUCUUGGUUUCUGCCAGUAGUAACUUCUUGUGAAGGAGUCUCUUUGCAACAUCCAUUCGUAGGUGGAUAAACCUGUAUCCGCAACACAAUUCCAUUUUCCCAGCCAGUUCUUACCAGUUCUGACCUUCAUCAUUGAUGUGAUAGAGUUCCAUUCCUGUGUGUUGUAGAGAUGGUUUUAAAAGAAAAAGACGCAUUAAGAGGUUGAGGCCUUAAUUUUAAUUAUGAUCUUUCAUUCCUUAAGACUUACUCAUGUAAAGAAAAUAAGAUACUGGAAUGAGCCGUGACAUAUCCUGAAGAAUUUAUAACAUGAGAGACUGGGAAAUGCUGGUGAUGAAAUGUUGUAGCUCAACUUAAAAUUGGAGUCACUGGGAUUAACUGAAAUUAGGCUAUAAACCUCUGACACCAUGACUUACAGUAUUUUAAGAAUUCAGAUUAAAGGUGCUAUAGAAAAGUCAAAGUUGAUGAGCUCUGGAAUGUAAAAUGAAUUAUGAAGUGAAUGAGAAACUGUUUAGAGAAAAAAAAUAAUGAAAGGAAAGAAAGCUAAUAUGGCUAUGUAAGAUGAAAAUAAAAACAUGAGGCAUAAAAAAGAUUACAAAUAUUUGUAAUGGAGGCAUAUAAUAAAUCAAGGAGUAUAUUUAAGCUUGAAUACAGGUUAAGUAAGAGAGAAGAGGGUAAGGUGGUCUGUGGAAUGAAAUGGUGUAAGAAGUAGAGAGGAGAAUAGAAGGAUCUAAGGCUAGUGAGUCUUGGUAAUGAAGGCAGAUUAAAAAGGGUAUAACAGUCCACAGCACACAGGAUCCGAGGCCAAAUAAUCCAACAGCAGGCAAUAAAAUCAAAUUUCUUUUAAUUCCAAAAACAGCACACGUAGUCGGUUCUAAAUAGAACAGCAACACAGAUAAGCCAAGCGCUUUCACCCAGUAUAUUACUAGGCUUUCUCAAGGCAACAAACAGAGCUAUCCAUUACACAUCAGUUUUAAAUAACUAGUACAAUUAAAUGGUAACUCCACCCAUCAAUUAGAAGUUAAUACCUUUGAUAGUGUUGUGUUAAAAACAUAGUACAAAGAGAAACAGUUUCUCAAGUUGAAUAUAUAUGUUUGUGUAAGAAAUACUUCUUAAUAUAGUCAAUAAUGGUAAUAAUACCCUGCAAAGUGCCUUGUCAGUGCAAAAUUCAUAAAAGUACAUCAUAAAUUAAAAAAAAAUGUUAAAAUUUGAAAUGAUUAAUUAUUGUUACAAGUUGGAAUUAAAAUUAAAUCACAUUUCUUAUUCCAAAAACUAAAAUAGAUAGAUAAAUGAUAAAUAAAUCAAACUUUUUACAGUGACAUUGUAAAAAAUAGGGAGUUUUCUGACUAAUGUCACAACACUACCUAAUAACAACAACAAGAAGAACAACAAGAAGGUGAAAGAAGAACAAGUGAACCUAUACAAAAUUAAACUAAAUAGUCACAUAUUAUAACCGUGCUCUUCUCAUUUUUAGAAUGCUGUUAAUAUUUAAGCCCUCAUUCAUUCCAGGAGGGGUGCAGGCAUCCAAUUUCAACUGCCAGAACAGUUCUCGAGUUUCCAGAUUAAAAGGGUACCACAGUCCAGGAAGAACUAUGAAACACAUUUUCUUCAUCCACAGAGAUAGAAUGCCAGCAUGGUAAUGCAGAGUAUGAUUAUAAAAGUGAAAAUGAUGUACAGGGAACUAAAAAUAAACUUGAGGAACUGGAAGUUUUGAAAGUAGAUAAAGUACAGAGGUCAUAUGGCUAAAGCUUCAGAACUAUUUAUAAAAAUCAAGAAAUGAGAGAGUGUACAACUGACUGCCAUACACUUUGUCUGUGACUAUUUAUGUGAUAGUUGGAAAUGGGAGAGCGGCAACAGUGAUGCCCUUUAAUGGGGAUCAAUAAAUGAAGCAGGGGACUCUAGGCCUUGAUAGUCCACCAGUCUAAUUUCUGUGUCGGGUAAGUUCAGGGAGAAAAUAAGAGGUUGGAGAGUUUUCUAAAUGUAACUGUCCAGCAUACAUAAAAAAAAAAAAAAAAUGGUAUGAAGAACAGAAGUUAUACAUGCCCACAGUGCAGAUCUAGGAUUGGGUCACAGACUAGGCUUAGAAAAGGUAGUCCUAUAAGUGUGGAAUUCUUAGAUUCCAAUAAGACCUUUCCAAUAGUUAUUUAUUGGAGGUUGAUGAACUUAAAGGUUUCUAAUGAACUAGAUGCGUAUUAACUGUUUAGUGCUGAGGAGGUACAGGUCAUGGUAUUUGAUGGGGGGUACAGUUCAUGGUAUUUGAGGGUGGGAGGGUACUUCUAGGAAAAGAAAGAUUAUAGUUGGACUAAAGAUUGUGCACAGUUUAACAAUACUGCCUUGACUAGGUCUUAAAGCAGGAGAAAAUGGUGAAUCUAUUUGCUGAAGAUGGCUGGAUUAAUCAGUGGCUAUUUGAAAAGCAGCAUCUAUUAAAAUACAAAGCAAAAAAGAAUCCAUGUACUCCCCAUAAAGUUCCAUCUGUGUUGUCCAUUUUCAUUCUUCAACUGUUGAGUUCAGAUCCGAUCUCCGGAUCUGACAAGGCUGCUUCCUCCAAAUCGUAGAGCACAAACACUCAAGCUCCUCCCUUUACCCAUAAUGCACUAGUCACCCUACAUAUUUCAUGUAAUUUGCUGCCCAUAAACAAAACAGAGUAGUGGAAAUUAAGGAAAGAACAGAAUCUGGGGCUCAUGCAAAGAACAGCAUUUCCUCCAGUAUCUUUUGAUCUUUCUAGGAGUAAAGCAAAGGAGGGGGUUGGUGGGAACUUGAGGAAGAAAGACAAUGGGCAACUCAGAAUGCAACGCUAUGUUAAGUACAUAACUUUAGCUGAUGUCAUUUUCAUUUAUUCCUCAGGUGUCGGGACACAGUUCCCAGCUACCUAAAUCCUGGUAGGACUCUUAAGGAAGGAUUUUCCUGAGUACAGCUGAGCCAAAGACAAGACUGCUUUUCCCCUAGAGACCGGAUCUAAUUUGUAAUGAACAAUAAAGGUACAAAGAUUAGCCCAGGCUGCAGCUGCACAAAUUUCAUCCGGGGAAGUUCUAGACAAGAAAGCUGAAAAAUAUUCCAUUGACGUGGUAGAAUGGGCUUUUGGUGGUUUUGGUAAAGGCAGACCUACUUUUUCAUAAACAGAGGUAAUACAGUCAACCAUUUAGAUAGUCACUUUAGAAACUGUUUUGCCUAAUUUUUUUUUGGAAAAUGAACAAAUAAUUGUUCAGAUUUCCUCAUGUCUUUGGUUCUGUGAGGGUAGAAAUGCAACCAGAUGUGAACAUCCCAUAGGUGCAACAUAUAUUCUCUUUUGUUUGAGAAAUUUGGAAAUAAAACUGGAAGGUUGCUAACCUGAUUAAUAUUGGAUUCUGACACCACCUAUAAGAAAGUUUAUUUAAUCUAAUUUUAAACAUUUUAGAGGAAUGAAACUUUCAUGAAACAAAUCAGUACCUUUUUCUCUCAAUAUAGAGGUAAAUAAGUUCAUUACAUCAGUAGUUAAACUAAUGUUACUAUCCCAUAGGUCAUCCUUAAUUCUAUCCAAGAAAUCCAAAAAUCCCAGCAAUCCUUUAACAAAUGGGUUUCAUUUAAAUAAACUGAUUUAAGCUUAUGAUCUACAUAUGCUGCCAGUGGAUAUGUUUUGUAUCCAUGGGCAGCUACUCUUGGUCUAAAAGGUGGCUUUGCUAUAUACUUGUGGACUUUGGGAACACCAAAGAUACUUAUAGUUUCAGAAUCUAUGAUAAGAGGAAUUUAGCAGAUUGACCCCAGCUUUGUAUUAAGAGAGUUGAUGGAAUGUGUGUAAUGUUUUGGCUAGUAUAUUGAGAAUGAUUUUGUACUUAAACUUACUGGGUUCAGUGGAAGAGAUCUUUUAUGUAAUGGAAUGUUAUAUGCCUCUUUCCAGGUUUUUGGGGAUUUUACCUUUUCUAGUACUUCUGUGUAUAGUACUGCUAACAGGAAACUAACUGCAAGUGCCUUUGCAGCCAUCCUGAUGAAUUAAAAGGGUGUGAUACUAAAUCUAGGUGAACCAAAAUUUUUGGUUUUCUUUAGGAUUUCUCUUACUCUGUUGAUGCUGACCUCAACAAGCUGGAGCUAUUUAAAAGAACUCAGGUGUAUGCAGUGGGAAGUUUCAGGUACUGAAUAUUCAGAAUUUGGGGUGAUGGUUUCAAAAUAAUUUCCCAGUACUUUUUCAGUCUUUUUUGUCAUUUUUCUUGUGGUGGAAGGUGAUGAGAGCAGGUAUUUGGUUGAAUUGUAAGAUGAUCACAGUUGAAGAAGCAUGUUAUUUGAUAGAUGUUUUACAAAUGCUUAAAGUAUCCUGUACUGCCUGGAAUUAGUUUGCUUGAUUUCACUGUAUUUGUACAGUGUAUUGUGUUUGUAGCUCAUCCAGGGUUGUGAUUUGUUCCUAUCUCUGAAAGAUUUGAAUGGUACUAUGCUGUCGAGAAAUGCUUUUUUGUUGAGUUUUUAAACUAAUUUAGGGUUUCACACAUGCUUGAUAUUUGUUGCAGGAUCUCUUCAUUUCUUGAAUCAUAGUCUUGAAACUGUGUACUUUUACGUGCAUUCGCUUAUUAGGGUAUUUAUCUUCAUUGCUGAUGAUAUAUGUGAAGUAGUGGCUGGUGAAGGAGCCUAAUAAAAUUCCGAAUUAAGUAAUGUUUUUCAUUUGA